GAAGGUUUGAAUACUGUGCUCAAAAAUGCCUUCAAAUUUUACAUGUGAGAGGAUUGGAGGGAUUGAGAAGCUGUCUCAGUCAGACCAAAAUACAGCCCAAACAAUGGGAAGCAAUCCUCCUGUUAAACUGAAAUGGUUGGAACAUCUCAACGCGUCAUGGGUCACAGAAGACUGCGAGGCCAUCGCAAGCCACGAUGGCAUCCUGUCUCUCUACGACCGCCUCAUACUCAACAAGGAGGUGGUGACAAUGCCGCAGCAGAUGCUCUAUCUACGGGGGCCAGCUUUACCUGACUUUGAACAUGAUUUUGUCUCAGUUGAAGAACAGGAACAUUUCAUCAGUGCUUUAUUGACGAGUCAGUUGAAUCUUGCCAAAGCUGUCUGCUCCGAUUCGCCGUUUGCUGCAGUCCUUCAGAAACGUCUUGUGGUCCUUCAGAGAAUAUUUUACGCCGUCUCCCACAAAUAUCACGACCAGGAUAAGUUAAAACAGCACCAGCAACUGCAAGAUGGAAACAAAAACUUGGAUGAUGGGAAAAAUUUGACUGAUCGUUCCCAGACUGGGACCGACGCCCUCAUUGAAGUCGGUGUCAAGACUGGUCUAAGUUUGCUGUUCUCUCUACUGCACCAGAACUGGCAGCUUAGCAGCUCGUUGGGAUGUAGCGGUAUCUGUAACCAUGUGAUACAAACAGCAGCAGAUGUGAUCAAGUCCCUUGCCCCUCUUUCUCUGUCGAAUGAGAACAAGCUGCCUCCGCUUGGCCUAGAGACGCUGAAUCAAGUGACACAGUUUCUCAGAAAAGCCACUUUGCCGAGUUCCGGAGCUGAUGUUGUUGGUAAGAGAUUAUCAUGUGAAGUUGUCCUCGCAUUAGCUGCUCAGCGAGGUUCUUUGCGAUAUCUUCUUGAAUGGAUUGAGAUGGCCCUGUUUGCUGCCGCAGCCAGUAAGGUGGAUAAGACGUCAGCUGACGGUGAAAGCCCUGGCCUCAUUGAUCAUCAGUUCUUUAUGGAUGUCCUCAGGCAAAUGAAGAAGUCUGCUAAUGGGUCCGAUAAACUGAGCUGCAGUGAGAAAGUCCUGUGCAUUGAUGAGCAAGGCCUCACCCCACUUUAUCAUACUGCGAUGUGUCUUAUGGAGGAGCUCUGCCACCUAGCCUCUGGCUAUGCCAAGAGCUGUGUUUGCCCUGAUGAGAACAAGAACAGUACGACUGGCAGCGGUGCACUGACCGAGAGCAGUGAGAUCUAUGUGUGGGGAAGCAACAGCAGCCACCAGUUGGCUGAAGGCAGUCAGGAGAAACUCAUCACUCCGAAAGUUGCCACAGCGUUUGCAAAUGCUCAGCAGGUUGAGUCGGGACAAUACUGUACGUUUGUGAUACAGAGCGAUAACUCUGUCGGUGCCUGCGGUAAAGGGAGCUAUGGACGCCUCGGACUUGGUGAUUCAAAUAACCAAACACAGCCAAAGAAGCUCGCUUUUGACUGCCACAGUUCGGUGAAGAAAAUCUCCUCGUCUAAAGGAUCGGAUGGGCAUACGUUAGCCUUGACGAUGGACGGUGAGGUCUACAGCUGGGGCGACGGAGAUUAUGGGAAGCUCGGCCAUGGGAACAGCUCAACUCAGAAAUGCCCCAAGCUUGUUAAUGGCGCCUUGAAAGGAAAAGUUGUGAAGUGUAUUUCUGCUGGUUAUCGCCACAGUGCAGCCGUGACUGAGGAUGGUGAGCUGUACACUUGGGGAGAAGGCGACUAUGGUAGAUUAGGGCAUGGAGACAGCAACAGUAAAAAUCUUCCAACCCUUGUCAAGGAUAUAACUAACGUGGGACAGGUGGCUUGUGGUAGCUCCCAUACCCUUGCUGUAUCUCAGGAUGGAAGAACUGUGUGGUCGUUCGGAGGAGGAGAUAAUGGUAAACUUGGCCAUGGUGACACAAAGCGUGUUUACAAACCAAAGAUGAUCGAAGCAUUCAAUGGCCUGUACAUAAGGAAAGUUGUUUGUGGGAGCCAGUCUUCCCUUGCACUGACCUCUACAGGCCAGCUCUAUGCAUGGGGUUGUGGCUCCUGCUUGGGGUGUGGGUCAGCAGAAUCGACAGCUCUCCGGCCCCGCCUUGUGGAAGACCUGCAAGCUACUAGAAUCCUGGACAUAUCGUGCGGGGACAGUCACUGCCUUGCACUUAGCCACGAAAAUGAAGUGUUUGCCUGGGGGAAUAAUGUGAUGGGCCAGUGUGGCCAGGGUCAUUCUCAGAGCCCUAUCAUGCGGCCAAAAAAAGUGAUAGGUCUGGAGGGGAUCACCAUUCAUCAGAUAUCAGCCGGUACGUCACACAGUGUGGCGUGGACUGCCCUACCCACUGACAGGCAUGUGGUAGCCUGGCAUCGUCCCUUCUGCGUCGAUCUCCAAGAAGGUACAUUCCAGUUGAUACGCCACUUUCUGGAGAGAUACUGUGAUGGUUUUGACAACGACGACCCACCCGCACCAUUUCCUUCUAAAUGUGCGCAUCAUCACUUUGUUCUCCUGUGCCUGAAGCUCCUCUCCACCCAUCUUUCACUUGCCCUGGCAGGCGGAGUGGCCAGCACGAUCCUUGGAGAACAAGCCAGGCCUCUCAGGAAUCUCCUGUUCCGGCUGAUGGACACCAACACACCGCAGUCAGUCCAAGAGGCUGUUGGUGAGACAUUGUCAAUUGGUGCUCCACUCUUGCUGCCACCACUGAGAGAGAGGAUGGAACUCCUUCACUCCUUACUACCCCAAGGCCCUGAUAGAUGGGAUAGUCUCUCUAAGGGUCAGCGCAUGCAGCUUGGCAUCAUCCUGACAAGCCUUCAGGAUAACAGUCAUGUAGCAUCACUACUUGGACUUGGCGUUCCCCUUGACGCCAGCAUCGCACCGCCAUCCCCUAUGAAUGAUACGCAUCUUGCUGAAGUGUUGAUGAAGACAAUCUUGAAGAACUUGGGAUUCCAUUCAGAACAAGCGUUUAACGAACUGAUUAAGAACAGCGACAAGGAGAGAGGCGUUGGUGUGAGUGGUGACAAUGGACCACCAAUUCACCUCCACGAGCUGCUCGCAUCCCUCCAGAAACAUCUCCUCGCUUACUGUCAUGUUAAUGCCCAGCAAACCAACCUGACAAAUGGUGUGAUUGCCCUUCUUCACAAGCACCUCUCGCUGAUGUUACCGAUCACUGGAGACAUCUUAGAACACUGCAUCACGUUGUUGCAGGAACAUGCCAGGAAUUCUACUGUUAGGGAAAAACUGAGAGAUAUAUUGUACACUUCUCCAGCCGGUGCGAUGCUCUCUCAGAUGAUUCAUUCGCUGCUCUUACUGCCGGUGCACACGAUACGUGGCCUCUUGCCCGAGCUGCUCAUGCUACUAGCACAGUUAGACAAGGUCAAUCGCCUCCUCCCAGCGGCUGCAGUGUUGGAAGAGCAGGAAAUGGAAUGGCCUGUACAUGCCACCCCAGAAUCCAUUGACGCCACUUCACUACCACGUCCUCACCCUUCCAAGACGUGGGCCUGGCUCCUGGAUACAGAGCGUGCCUGCGCGUUGUUGAUUGGAAGGUGCCUGGGUGGAAUGCUAAUUGGGCCACCUCUCUCCCGGGAAGAGAGAGUAACCGGUACCUGGCUCUCCUCACACUUACUCAAUAGCGGAUUGGAAUACCCUGUGGAUGACUUAGAGAGCAUGAUUAGUCAUGUUGUGCAUGUCGCCACAGGGGAGGAGGAUAGGAAUAUCAGUGUCCAUGUUUCCCUGCCUGCAGACUCCAUGAUGCUCCUUGACAUGGCCCUCAGUGUUGGAACUGAGUCGCCCCACCCAGUAUGGAUUGGCCUACAAGAGCAGGCAGUAUAUAGAGAUUGGGACUCCUGUGAUGUUAAUGAUGAUCCAAUUCUGGACACGGUCACAGCCUUUGCUCUGGCAAGCAUUAUCAAACACUGUGGACUGGUAACCGUGGCAUUUGAAAACCCUCUUGAACCCAGUCGUGCCUUGAUUGAAGCCUAUAGAAAUGCCUACAAGAUUCGCAGCAAACUUCUGUCAAAGAGGCCGUCGUCUGCUCCAAGUACCCCCGUGAAGAAACAACCUGAGAAAAAGCAGCUUGCUGAGGAAGAUGAUGAAGAAGAAGAGAUCGAGGAGGAGGAGGUUGUGGAGAAGCCAAAGCCUGAAAAACCGGGGGAAGGCGAAAGUCAGAAUCCCGAAGAAGAAGGAGAAACUUCAGAAAAACCCCAACCCGAAGUAGUGACGAGGUCGUUCGAGUGCAUAUGUAAAUCUAUCAUCAGGAAAUGUGCUUUCCUCAUUACUGGAGUUCAAACAGUCCUUUCAGCCGGCGAAGAUGACAGCAUCAUCGGACUCAGAACAAGCGAUCGCAAGCUGAAGGAGGAAUCCUUCAGUUCAGAUGCACUUGCUGAUGAACUUGCGACUGACACAUCACCUCUGAGACGUUCAGGCAGUCACCCUGAGUUGAAUCAACCUGAAUCUCAGGAAGAUCAAAUAAGGCAGCGAUAUCUGGAAAAUCUCAGUAGCAUGUACUUAACAGUGGGAGGAAAUGGACCUGCCUUUGGUUCCUCACCUACCGAUCAAAGAAUUGGCUCGCUUCAAACUGUCAAAGAAACGUUAAGACGCUUACGCUGGCGUCAUCAUCGUGUUGGUCACAGUUCAAAAGGCACAAGCAACGUCAACCGAGAGCUGUUUAAAUAUCUUCGGAAGAUCUUCAGAGAGAUUGAGGAUUUUCUCCUCCAGGAGGACCCAGUGGAGGAAAAAGAUGACGUGACGACGUUUUCGGAUCCAAUACUUAUAGCUAUUGCUAUGGAACACCAAGAGUUCAGGGCUGAGUCACGACUAGAGGCGCUGAAUCAAAUAUUAGAACUUCUUUCGACGGAGAAAGAAAAAUCUGAUUCAUGUUCACCAGCACCUGAUGCAGCUUAUACCACCAACGUUCCUGUCGCCACCUCAACAACUCUCCUCAACUCUGUACACGUCCAGUUUCUUGCUGGUUGCUUUGGCCUGGGAGUGAUGCACGCAGACUCACUGAAUGAUGCCAUGUUGCAUCACUAUCAGGAUGGAGUGACGGCCGCAAGCUACAAGAUUCAACAAGAGAUUCAGCUGGUUGUUCACCGAGUCUAUGAGCUCUUCGUUGCUGCCCUGAAUGAGUGGGAACAAGUCAAAGACAUUGGACGAGGUGCCAGGGACCGACUCCUCCUUGUGACUAUAUUUGCCCUGAGUGUGAAGUACCAGCCAGUUGACAUCUCCUUAGCCGCCUCCUGCGGGAUGUUCCCCCUACUUUCUCGACUUUGUGGGACGCCGCCGUUUUGUAUCCAUACAUUACCACCGGUCUUGGGUAACAACGGCAAGUCGAAGCUUCCAACUAUAUUACAAGUUUCUAGCUUGAGGCUUCUACAGAUUUUGUCUGUGACAGCUGGUACUUAUGCGGAGAAGUUGAGCAGUGGUGUCGUGCAAUCAGUGGUGGAUCUUCUCUGGUCUCAGCUACAGAAUCUCGUGGCGGCUUCUGGCCUGGCCAACCAUCAUGCCCUGUUGGCGAACAGCAUGUCGGUCGGCGAGACCAAGGAUGAGAUGAUAGAACAAGAAGAAGUGAGGAAAAAGGAUGGAAAAAGUCAUUUUAAACUCGCGAGCAAACAGAGCAAGACCGUCGAGAUAGCCCUCGGAGAUUUCAUGGUCUUCCUCCGAAAAGUCGCCUGUGAUAGUUCUGUUCAGGAAAAGAUGGCGUCGCCGCAGUGGAUGCAGUUACUACUGACGAUAGCAGGACAUGACCCGAUCAGUGGUAUCCCAAUGAUAGGCAGUUUAAGAAGUCGUCUGCUGGUGCUCCGACUUCUGGAGGAAAUUCUACCAACAUCUACCUGUGACGGAGGUCAGAAACAAUGGAUAUCUCGCCAACUUUUUGACAUCUUGAGCGAAAGCAUGUGGUCGGCACCAAAAGCUGUAGCAAAUUUCAAGAUGUAUGAAAAAGAGGCUGACCUCGACCUGAAGCUGCAGAUGCUGACAUCGACCAAAGGUUCUCAUGCAGGGAUCAGGGAUGACCGAGACGAUUGCAGCAUAGCCAUGCAGGAGGCCCUGUUUGACCCCGAUAAGAUGUUCUGCUGCUCUGUGGAGAAUGGCCAUACCUUGGUCCAUGGUCCUGGAGGGAGGGGGUAUGGGCUUGGUGCUACUGUGAUCACGUCUGGCUGCUAUCAAUGGAAGUUUCUGAUUGUGAAGGAGAACCGUGGUAAUGAAGGGACGUGUAUUGGCGUCUCUCGAUGGCCUGUGCGAGACUACAGCCACCGCACUACCGGCGACAUGUGGCUGUAUCGAGCGUAUAGCGGUAACAUCUACCAUAAUGGCGAGCAGUCUCUGACACUGCCUGGAUUCACCCAGGGUGAUUAUAUCACGUGUGUGCUGGAUAUGGAUAGCAAGACUCUAGCUUUUGGUAAAAACGGAGAGGAGCCAAAGUUAGCCUUUGAAGACAUAGAUGCCACGGAGCUGUAUCCAUGUGUCAUGUUCUAUAGCAGCAACCCUGGAGAGAAGGUUAAAAUCACUGAUAUGCAAGUCCGUAGCACGUCUGUCGACCUCCUGGCAGGGGAUCCUGUUUGUUCUCCAAGCUCUACCGUCAUGGUCGAAUCAGCCAUCCACCUGAUUCGCCUGCUCCACAAACACGACAGCUGGCUCGACCCGGUCAAUGAGUGUAUCGUGGAGAGGUUGCAGCACGUGGGGAAUCUGGUCAGCUUGAUGAGCGGGCAGUUCUGUCCAGAGGCGGAGCCGACGGGACAAGAAACGGACGAAUCGGAAGAGAAGAGAUCCGAAGACCCGAGCAGACGACUCGACUCGAGCUUUCUCAGCCAGGAUGGCCAGAAUCUCACAUCGAUGAAGAGGACGGCAACAUUUGACUUCAAGGAGAAACAAAUCCUAAAGGCCGUUGAUGACAGGAGACUCGAUGCUCUGUGCAAAUUGGUGUGGCCAGCGAUAGGUGUGAUAGGAGGUGUUGACCGAGGUCUAAGGAUCGGAGGCAUCUGUAAACACAAGCAGACAUCAAGGAGGGGCACGGUACUGGGGGUCACCAAAGAUGGUGCCACCACAGUCAAGGUCCAAUGGGAUGAUGGAGAGGCGACUGUCAAUGACACAACCACAGCACAUAUAGAACCCUGCGAUCCACUGAGCUUUGAAACUUCUCGUCUAAACGGUCUGACAUCUGAACUUCUCCACAAUCUGAUGAAGCUGACGUUUCUAUCCGACGAGAAGGAUGGGCUCCCAGCCUCCAGUCCUAUGGAAGAUAAACCAACACCGUCACCUCUGAAGCAGAAAGAAGUCGAGGACGCCAUGUUGGAAAUUCAUCUGGAUUCUGAUAUCGCCAUGGCAAUGGAUGAGGAGCAGGAUCAUAAUGCUGAUAAGAAGCUGCAGAAGGUCUUGAGUCACAAUGAGUGCUCUAGCCAUCCCAUGUCACCGGCUAGUCAACUGGAACCUGAGGAACGACCUAGACAUCUGCAAAGGGAUAGCGACGACUUGGGUACAAAUGCUGAGGAUGUCAUCAACGCUGCUGAGCAGCUAACCAAUCAGAUGCUGUCGGAAAUCGGGGCGGCUCUCCAGUGCGAGAGAGACACCACAAAGAAGCACAAAGUUCCGGGGACGAAAUUGAAACCGUACGAAGAUCUGCAGGAUGGGCACAUGAACAUCAGCCGCCAAGUCAGUCAAGGGAGCUGCGUCAGUGAUCAGACCAGUCUCAGUAUAGACAGCUCAUCUUCUCUGUUAGAAAAAUCGAAAAAGUCACACGUUUAUGAGUACAAGAUGCUACAGAUAACAAGUCUGCAACUGUCUGCUCUGAAAGCGUUUGACGUGCUUAUAAGCUGCAGUCACUUUGCCGAGUUACUCUUAGUGCCAAAGGUUAAAGUGUCGGUGCCGCUAGACAGGAAGGACUCGCCGGUUUCGGAGGUGAAUGAGUUGUGUGAGGAAGAGAUUCGCGACGUGCUCAGAAUCGUGAUGAAGCAGAUGGUGAAACGAGCUGUGAUGCCCUCGCCGAUCAAGAGGGACGUUUCCUUGGGCGAGCUGGAGAGGGCGCAGGCGAUGCUUCUGAAGAAGGCCGUUUUGGCGUCUGCUGAGGAAAAGGGUGAUCUGAAGGAGAAGCAAGAGAGGCUUGAUGAACUGACCAAGAGGAUUGAAGGGAAGCCAGCAGAUAUCCCGAGCACCAGCCAGACUGAUAUCAUCAAUCUGCAACAGGAUCGCCUGAAUGACCAGCGGUCAGAUGAGGAGCUUGACAUUGCUGCAGGGGAGGAGAGGCCUCAGAUGAGGACACCCAGGAGCCAACGACUGCUGAGUUCUUUGCUGCCAUCAAUGCCCACCUUGAGAAGGGCUGUCCCUAUCAGGCGGAGUGGGCGUCAUAUAGUCUUCCCACCGCGGCUUGACAGACCAGCCAGACAGUCUCCACCACUUGCCUCCCCCGAAGACACAUCCACCAUGCUGCCUCCGCCAUCGCUGCCAACACCCAAGUCAAGAACGCUAGCAUCAUAUUCUAUGGCCUCGAUACCAUUACCAACCAGGACACGAUCUCCUUCACCUCCACCACCAGCCGUGGCUCAGCCUAUGCUCGAAAUGGGGUUCUCUCUGUAUCAUAUCAAGAAGGCUAUCCAGUCAACAGGGGUAACUGGUGAUAUCACCCCCCGGAGUGUCAACUCAUUGGCCACCUGGAUGUUGGAGCACCCAGAGGCUGAUGAACCUGUUAGACCGAUGUCAAACAGUGAAGACACUACCCCUGCUCAGACUCCGGAGAAUGCUUUGCUGGAAAGAAUGGAUAGAGAUAGAAGUGAGGAGCCAGAACGUGAGCGAGAAGGUCGCAGGGUUGGCCGCUUCCUGGAGGUGAUCGAGCGAGAUGAAGAUUGGGACACCGCAUCGUCUGCCCGCGCUGCCAGCAGGCAGACGAUGCCAGGCAGGCUGCCUCUGUCUGACAUCAGAUCAUGGAUGAUUUCAAGGGGAAAUUUCUUGAACCGUGAGCUGCGUGAGGGCACCCAGGAGGAUGCUGGGGAGACGAACGCUGAACACGAGGUGUAUGAUGAUAGCAUGUUUGCCGAGGAUGACCUGCUGGAUGAGGAGGGCAUGAUUGACCUGUUCAACGUGGACAGCAGCGGUGAGAGGAACAGUCUUCCUGUUACACCAUCAUCACAACAGCUGUAUGGUAUAGAUAUUGAUGAGCAGGAGAGUACAGUGACGUGUGAACUAUGUCAUGUCCAGACGGCCAACUUCAAUCGACACAUGAGAAUGCAUCACCCAGGCUGUGGAGGUAGCUGUGGUCGCCAGGGAUACCGCAGCAGUGGUUCCUACGUCGAUGGCUGGUUCGGUGGGAUCUGUGGUACAGGGAACCCAUUCUAUCUCCUCUGUAGCGACUGUCGUGACAGAUACCUCAUACAGUACCAGGAGAAGAUGUCCUCUAGCCACGACACAGACAGCAGUGAUAAGAACAUGCCGCUAUCGACUCUGAUGAUGCAUGCCCCUGACUUACUGGGCACUCCAGAUGGCCAGUUCGAAGAUGAAGUUGAUAUUCUGCCUGAGGAUUUUGACAAGAAGGCAUUGGGUUCUGAGCCAUUUGAGAGUAUCAUGAGCUCGCUUGGGCUCACUGAUAGGAAGCCACUGCCUGAUACGCUUCACUUUGAAGGCCAGGAUCCUCUUGGAGGCACCACCGUCAGCUCGAUUAUGCCAGAACCGGCUGCAGCUGCUUGUGCCCCAUUGUCAGCUGGAAGACGAAAAUUGGUCCAUUUGUUGACAGGGAAACGCUCUGAGCGCCCGUGUUGCCCCAAGACGCUUGGCGAACAAGCAGCGCUUUUGGUGAAUGUCCGGGACAGGAUGUUGGCGCUGAGGAGGACUACGGCAGCCAUGCAGAUCCUGAUUGCUCGUAACAUGGUUAUGAAGUCUCUAUCCCUGCUGUCUGUUAGUGGUAUGGCAUGCCAGCUCUCCUCAAGUCUUGAAUCAAUCGGUCUCGGCGAUAUCCGCCUGGUUGUGAAACUGAUGUGUCUGUGCGCAGCGGGCAGGAUGGGCGGCGCCUGUAACACUGAGGGACAGCUCAGUACAUCCCUGAUCGAGGGCUUGAAGGCCAUUGGCUCUACAACCUUGAAGAGCGGUGCAAGCAGUUCGUCCAGUCUCACCUACCUGAGCAUGGCCAUUGGGGCGUUAGUCAAGAACAAUCAGAAUGCAUCGAAACUUUUACUUCACCUUUGCAAUCAUGAGCUGAUGUCUGCCGCCAUGGGAAUCAACAUGGCCACAAUAGAAGACCCAAAAACCAAGAAGCGACCAAGCAUGGAUAGUGCGUCAGACUUGAAGGCCCUGUCGUCGCCCAGUUUUGCUGUCACUCAAGCUCUCGUUGGACUUCUUGCUCAGAAUGCGACCCCCAAGGCAGAAAGCGUGUUAGGCUCCCCUUCCUCACCCACUGCCCCAGACCCCUACAACGGACCACUCCAAAUCGCCAACGCCUUGUCUGCAUGUGUCCUAUCGGCCCGCCUCCCUGCCCACCACAGACAGUGGGCAGCACAACAGCUGGUCAAGACCCUCGCCAUGCAGGGGACUGGCACCGGCAGUCUGUACAACCAGGAGAGUUUGGUGGACCUAGGUGGCGACAUCAUGCCAUCCAAUAUCUCCAAGUUGGAAGCACAUCAGAAUCGAGUAUCUGGGUGUGUAUGGAGUAACAAGAAGAGCUUACUAGCAUCGAGCGGUUAUGACGGCACUGUUAGGGUAUGGAACCUGCCUAAUAGGACACAUCAGUUCCUGCAGCAGACGUGCGUCUUCAAUAGAGGAGAGAACAUGGCAGGGGAAGAGCUAGAUGGGCAGCCAUUGUGUAACGUCACCUGGAACUCCUCGGGGAAACUUCUCGCUGCAUCUAUGGAGCACUUGAUCAACAUCUGGGCUACCUCAGGUGGCCAUGGUCAUUUGGACGUCCAGCCCCAGUGGGUGACAGCCUUAUCAUGGCCUCAACACAAAGGUCUGUUUGAUGGCAGGUUGGGGCUCUCGACGGACAGCCUCCUGGUCGGACGGUUAGAUGGCUCUAUAGCCAUCAUUGAGGUGCUGGACAUCUCUUCAUAUCACCGGAAGGAGCUUGGACACUGCUCAAGAAAAGAUGUUUCUGUGAGCUUUCUCAAGUGGUUCGAUGAAGACAAGAGGUUCCUUGCUGGCUUCGCUGAUGGGCUGAUAACCAUCUGUAGUAAGGAGGAAUUCGAGGAGCCAACUCUGAUACAGGCUCAUGAAAGUCCACUCACUGCCAUGGAGUGGGAUCCAACAGGUCAUGUAUUUGCUACAUGCGCCAGUGAAGAAGUCCUGAAGGUCUGGGGGAAAGCUGAAGAGAGUUGGAAAUGUCUGCAUAGCCUUCCUCACAGGGUGCCUGUGGUUGUCAUGGAAUGGUGCAAUGUCCUGGGGAAAGGAGAUAACCCAAAAGUCAUGCUUGCUACGGGUUGUAUCGAUGGAAGUGUAGUGGUCUGGUGUAUACCACAACCUGGCUCUAAGGCCUCUAAACCUAGACUUACACCACCAAACAUGCCGCAGGAAACAAAAAAGUUUCAGAUGUCGUCCCAAAGUCAGAAAGGGUGCCGCCGUGAUGAGUCGGGAACACGUCCCAACCACAAGUGUGUGUUCAGGGGUAGGAAUCACGUAGCCUGUAUCACAAACCUAGCGUUCAGUCCCAAUGCUCUGCUUCUCGCCUCUGGAUGUACCAAGGGAUGGGUGAAUAUUGCUUCCAUACAGGAUCGAACAAUUAUCCAGACUGUGUGUGAUUCCGGAACGGUAAACAGUCUGUCGUGGUUUGCAGAGCACGGCCUGGCCGCAUGCUUCAACAAAACUAAGGACAUUGUGAUUAUCCAUUGUACCCCCGAGCACUACGGCAGACAGCGGGUGCUAGCAGCGUGCAGGAAGGCGCUGAAGUCUCAGGGGAUCAUGGGCCUGAACAAGGUGCCAAGCUUCCGAUACCUGUUACAGCGACUACCUCAGCUCUUACAGGAACAGUAUCAGUAUGAAAAACCACAUGUGAUGAAUGGUGAACAGCUGACCCACAGUCCCUAUCUCCAGUGCCUGGCCUCCUUGGCAGUCGGACUUGAGUUAGACAAGGUGCUGUGUCAGCCAGAGUUCCCAGCCCAUCAUAAGCCCCCUGAUGAAGAGAUGAUUCUGGUGCCUGUAUGGCAGUGGUUAUACAUCUUCACCACCGCCAUCAAAUCUGCCGACUCCCUUCACAAACGUAAACUCUUCCCAGAGUCCUUUGCUGUGCCAAAUAUGGAAGAACAUGCUGAAGACGAUCGCUGCCCCGAGGAUAAUUCUGCCUGGGACUGUGCAAUGGAUGAACAAAUCAUGCAGUGGGUGAGCCAGCGACCUGAGGACUGGCAGUUGGGUGGCAAGUGCGAGGCAUUCAUGUGGGGUGGAGGCCGCCAUGGACAGAUGUGCGAGGGCGGCAGAAGCUGUCUGACGCCGAUUUUGGUUCCUUCGAUGUCGGCUUCACAGCGGAUUGUGUGUGGUCAGAAUUGCACGUUUGUUUUACUUGCCAAUGGGACAGUGUGUGCGUGUGGAGAAGGCAGCUACGGCCGCCUAGGCCAGGGCAACUCAGACGACCUCCAUUCUUUGACUGUGAUAUCAUCCUUGCAAGGAUUUGUGAUAACUGAUCUUGUGACGUCUGUUGGCUCUGAUGGACACAGCAUGGCUUUGUCCGAGAGUGGCGAGGUGUUCAGCUGGGGGGACGGAGACUAUGGCAAGCUAGGCCACGCAAAUAGUGACCGGCAGAGACGACCGCGCCAGAUUGAGGCACUCCAGGGAGAAGAAGUGGUCCAGAUGGCUUGUGGAUUCAAACAUAGUGCUGUAGUCACUGCAGACGGCAGCUUGUACUCGUUUGGAAACGGUGACUAUGGACGACUGGGGUUGGGCUCGAUGUCAAACAAGAAGACACCAGAGAGAGUGACGGCACUGGAUGGCUACCAGAUCGGACAGGUUGCCUGCGGCUUGAAUCACACACUCUGUCAGACAGCGGACGGCAGCACCGUAUGGGCAUUUGGCGAUGGCGACUAUGGCAAACUAGGCCUUGGGAACACCACUGCGAAAUUCCAGCCGACCAAGAUUGACAGUCUGUGUGGAAUUGGUGUGAGGAAGAUUGGAUGUGGCACUCAGUUCUCUGUGGCUUUGUCAAAGGAUGGUAGAGUCUAUACUUGGGGACAAGAUCGGCUGAUUGGUCAGCCAGAAAGCCGAGCCCGCGGUCACAGCCGUCCCCAGGUCGUUCCUGCGCUAUCAGCUUACUUCAUCGAUGAUAUAGCAGUUGGUUCUGAGCACACCAUGGCCUUGACCAGCAAUGGCGACGUCUAUGCCUGGGGUAGCAACAGUGAUGGGCAGCUCGGACUGGGCCACACUGGGGCCGUCCGUGAACCACAGCUUGUCUCAGGGUUAUCGGGGAAAAAUAUCAAACAGAUCUGUGCUGGCAGAACCCACAGCGCUUCCUGGACUGCACCGCAGCCCAUCCAGAGGACGCCCGGUGCUCCGACUCCACUUCAGCUCGGUAGACCCGCGGGCAUUCCUUAUCAGUACACGGCUCUAAAGAGCACCAGUAUUGACUCGAUACGUAUGAGGUUAAGACUCCUGUACCACUUCUCUGAUCUUGUGUAUGCGUCUUGGAGGCUCUUGAAUCUCUCUCCACAUCAGGAGGAUCUUGGGAAGUACAAUUCAGGUGUCACAGGUCUUGUGACCGGUCGCCUCAGGAAUAUCCUCGCACCGCGUGUGUACACCCUUCCCAUGGUCCGAGCUAUUGGCAGGACCAUGGUGCAGGGCAAGAACUAUGGACCGCAGAUCACAGUCAAGAGACUGGCUACAAGGGGACGCAAGUGCAAGAGCAUCUUUGCCCAGAUUGCCCGCCAAGUGGUCAAGUUGAGUGCGUCUGAUCUCCGCCUGCCUGCCAGAGCCUGGAAAGUCAAACUGAUUGGGGAAGGGGCUGAUGAUGCAGGCGGAGUGUUUGACGACACAAUCACAGAAAUAUGUCAGGAGCUGGAGGCCGGGGAACCUCCCCUUCUCAUCCCAACGCCCAAUGCCAUCAACGAAACCGGAUACAACAAGGACAGAUACCAACUGAACCCGGCGCUCACCUCGGAGGAGUACCUCACCAUGUUCAAAUUCCUCGGCAUUUUAUUUGGUGUUGCUGUAAGAACAAAGAAACCUCUUGACCUGCAUUUGGCUCACACGGUCUGGAAGCAGUUGGCUGGGAUGCCUUUGACCUUGGAAGACAUGGACGAGGUCGACUGCGUCUACAUGCAGAGUCUCCGAGGAAUACGGAACAUCGCUGAGAGUGGAGUCUCGGAGGCAAAUUUCCAUGAGGUGAUUCCAUUGGAUUGUUUCGAAGGUCAGAGUUCAGAUGGGAGGUCAGUGCCAAUAGUUCCUGGAGGUCGAACCAUUCCUCUUACAUUCCACAACAGGAGGGAAUACUGUGAUCGGGUGAUUGAGUACAGGCUCCACGAGAUGGACUUGCAGGUUGCAGCUGUACGUGAAGGAAUGGCGUGGAUCGUCCCAGUUCCUCUCCUCUCACUCCUCACCGCCAAGCGUCUCGAACAGCUCGUCUGUGGCGUACCGGAGAUUUCUAUACCUGUGCUGAAGAAGGUCUCUCGUUAUCGAGAAGUGGACGAGAGUCACCAGUUGGUGCGAUGGUUCUGGGCGACGCUGGAGGCGUUCAGUAACGAUGAACGCAUCCUGUUCAUGCGAUUCGUGUCUGGCCGUUCACGUCUGCCGGCGAAUCCUGCCGACAUCUCUCAACGCUUUCAGAUUAUCAAGGUCGACUCGUCGCCUGAUGGCCUGCCCACUGCCCAGACGUGCUUCUUCCAGCUGCGUCUUCCCAUGUACUCAUCCCAGGAUGUUCUUGCCGAGAAGUUACGAUACGCCAUACACAACUGUCGGUCAAUCGAUAUGGAUAACUACAUGUUGACUAGGAAUAUCGAUAACGGACCAAUGUCAGAUGAUGAUGAUUGAUGAAGUCUUCUAUUAGGAUUUUCUAAUCUUUAUCAGAUUAUAAGAUUAUACCUUUUUGCUGCUGACAGUAAUGGUGGCCCCUGUGCUGCAGAUAAGCAAUUGCAAAUUGUGAAGAAAUCGCCUUUUUUCAAACGGUGAAGAUAGGAUUAGCAGAACAGUCGCCACAUGGGAGGGACAGUGACAUUGUUUACAUGUUUUUUGUCCACUCAUGUCGGUACAUGUUUGAAAUGUUGUAAAAAACAAAGCAAUUCUUUUCCCUUUUUUUGUGGACACUUGUUCUCUUGGACAGGGUGGGCAUCUUUGAUAUACAUGUACUUAUUUCAUUGUCAUCUCCGAUUUUCCACCAAAGUCUGAAAAUCUGGUGCUGAAUUUGAGCCUUUUUUAUGAAAGAGUGAUAAUUUAUGUAUAAUUAUCUUUUCUUAUUGAGAGUUAUCAUUUAAGCUAGCUCGACAUAUCCUCUUGCAUUGCAAACAGCGCCUACAACUCAACUUCUCCUUACGCAUGUUUCAUUGAGGGAGUAAGUAUGUAUCGAGUGUGAUGGCCUGAUAUUGUCAGGAUGGCUACAUCAACAUAUACAGUUGAUGUGAACACUUUAGCCUUUAGCUUUCAGAACUAAGAAAAGGAUCAUUUGACGUGUUGUUUUUCGUUGUUUUUAUCUCAUUGUGUGUGUGUGUGUGUGUUAUGUUUGUCGAUGUGACAUUGUAUAGGUGUGUAUGAAAAAUACAUUUGAAGAAGUUGUUGCCUAUGGAUGUUUGAUAUUGUUUUUAUUUGUUAUCUCUUGAGUGAAUGAAUGAUUGUCAAUAACGAGUAGGCUAUUGAUUCCUAUUUAUAUGUAAGAGAGUAAUAUAUGAAGUUUCAUCAAGAUAAGAAUAUGGGUCUAUUAAUUAAUGAGAGAGAGCAGAGGUGGGCAAGGGGAAGGGAGGUAGUGUCCCAUAUGCCAAAAAUAUAGUUAUGUAUUACUACAUUCAUCUGAUUGAAGUAGUUUUCAUUUAUGUAUCCAAGUAAGUACCUUUGUGGUAGGUUGGGAUUUAGAAGGAAAUUUGGGAUUUAGAAGGAAAUUUAGGAUUUAGAAGGAAAUUGAAAGGCCAACAACGUUUGUUAAAUAUUUGAAAUUUGUUACUGAAUUUGAAAAUUUCCUGUUGCAUAAAUACUUACUGGUCAAUUUCAACAAUGCCUUUUUUUAGACAGUUAUACCAAUGGUAUAUACAUGUACACCAAGUCAGCAAAGUUGCAUGCAUGAUGACUUAGGUGAGUUUCCUUCAUCCUAGUGUGUGUUGCAAGCGCAUUGGGGAACAAAAUUUCCUUAGGUCAUGGUGUGGAUGUAUUUCUCAUGAAGUCAUGGCAUGGACGUAUUUCUUCUUGAAAUGUAUUGACACUAACCAUCAAUGGAAAAAUAGAAAUGAAAGGCCGGCCCCCUCGCCCCCAAUGCAUGAAAGGGUCGAAAGAGAAUAGUUAUUUAAUUCUUAUUUAAAUACUUGCCCUUAUAACUUUGAAUGACUGAACUUUUUGGUUGUUACAUUUGCACCAAAUUUGAGUGCAUUUCAGCCUGUCUUGCAAAAUAUAAACUUCAAAAGUACAUAUGGCUAAAACCGACAGUAUUGUUCGCAAUGAAUUAACAUUAGUUAAUUAGUUGCUCACCUGUUAUGGUAAAUCUUUGAGUUUAUUGUAAAUCCAGAAAUGUUUGCAUUUACAAAUGGACAUGAAAAUAUGUGACCAGGGAAAAUAAAAUCUAAGUUACAAUAUUCUCAAACUACUACAUGUACGUGUAUAUUAAAAGUGCGCCUAAUUUGCAAUUUCAUAAAACUGCAAAACAAAAUGGCCAAAUAUGUUCCUUGGUUUGCACUCAUCGUUACUGUCAAAACUCUUUGUUGUGAAUUUGCUAAUAAAAUAUUUAUG